UUCCGGUCACAGUCGCGAAAACGUGUGACAAUGUUCUGUUGUCGUGGUCCCCCGUGUCUAGACGAGGCAGAACCCAGCCGGAAGGAGAAACGGAAACAGGAGAAACUACUUCCGGAUGACAAGAAGUCACAUGCCACCCUUCAUGACUCGAUAUAUAUUCACCAGCCAAACAACAUGCAUGCUCGCUCCGGGGAGCGGCCAGACUCCACCCGUAUCCAGAACAUGCUGCACGCAAACCAGCGUUUCAUGGACCCACGUGUAAAGCACGUGACAAACGUUCACAAUGACAUGCACGUAAAACUGGCGGGCUUUCAGCAAAGGGUUACGGGAUACGUCGAGGGGAGUUACAGGAUCGUAAAAGUGCCGCUGUAUACCCGGAAACCAAGCCAACCGCAGCAUGCGAAAACACACGGCGAAUUGGCAAGGACUAGCACGCCGGCGUGGACUGUGAUAGGAAAAAACGAAAUUAAUUUUGCACACGAGAACGACAGCGAUACUGAAUCCUUUUCCACCAAACAGAUGGCGGCCAUCGCCCAGUUGGACUAUACGAUAGACAAAUACAAAACUGAUAGCGAUGACGAAAGUGUGUCUCCCACAAUUGUUGCCGAUGUCUUACCGCCUGGUGUGUAUGAAUCAUUUGACGAGGAGAAAGAACUGCGUCCAAGCGACUCUGAUCAACCUCCAUCUAGGUCAUCAAGCGUCAGUGACAAGUCCGGUAGCUCUCGUUCGGGAAUUAUUUCAAAUCGGAUGUCCACCGGAAGCGAGAAGAGAAAAAAUAAUUCUGUGUCGUUCCAACUUCCGGAAGAGCACGUGGACAAGCCGUACGCUCCAAUGCAGACUAGUCGAAAACACAAGUCAACUACGCAUGCGCAACUGGAAAUGACCCCUAACAUUUCGCCGCCAUCGACGCUUAUUAUUAAAACGGGUAACGUCAAACUUGCGCAUGCGGGGAACGGUAUUAUUUUGGAAAACCAAAAGAAUCGAAGACUUUCCUUUGGCCCAUUUAAGGGGUCGUUCAGAGACCUGUUUUAUGGAAAAUUUGCCAAUUCGAAAGAAAUGCCGGGUGAAUUCAAAAAAGGUAGCAAAUAUAUGACGCCUGGAAUUAUGGAAAAAGUGGAAUCUUUCGAAAACAUUCAUGAUCCAUUUGUAUUUGUUAAUCAAGGCCAGGCCAGACCCCAGAGCGCAAACGGACUAUCUCGGCGUCACACAUUUCGAUAACCUUUGACAGCCAUUUAGUAACCUCAAUGAAUUUUGACGUUGACAUAAGGGUUUUACCUUCAAUUUUAAAAAACUUCAACGUGAU